AGAAAUAAGACUUGAGUCUGCUUUUAAAUGUUGUCACAUUGGGAGCAAGUUUAAUGUGGUCUGGAGGUUGAUUCCACAGUGUUGUAUCUGUCUAUCACUUAUCAGAGAUGUUUGAAACGGGAUUAUUUUGAAAUUUAGCAAUUUAUAUUGUACUUUCUAUAGGUUUAAACUUCACUGAAUCUAAUUUGUAGAUACGUCAUAAGUGUGACAUUAUGUAACUUUUGCAGUUGAACUUCUAAUUCAAAACGUUUUUCAAAUGUGUUGUAUAAGAAAAGCAAGAUUUAUGAAUGUCAGUUUCUUUAUUGUGAAAAAGCACACACUCCGAAGCGUUUUGUUAUUCACAAUAAAGAAGUUGACAUCCAUAAAUCUUGCUUUUCUUAUGCAUUCCACUUCUAAGUGCCCCAAAAGAUUUGAAUUUGUUGUAGUGAUUGGGAUGUGUCGUGAGGGGAUCCAGCAAGGCACGAGGAUGUAUUUGGACUCCACACUGUUUUCGGGAGACUUCUCCAGAUGUUCUUGUAGUCUUAGUGUUGUCAGCGCUGCUGGUGGGUCCGUGGACAUCUACCCUACAACUAUAGACCAUUCCAACUGCAAAGUCAGCAUGGACAUUGACGUCCUCAAAUACAGUCUGGAUUGUCACAGAAACGAUGAUCAGGCGCAAUCAUUUCUUCAUAGUUCCGACAGUUUAAGUUUGGACAUUUCCGGUGAAGGUGCUGCAAGAUAUUGCUUACUGAUUCAAACGAAAGCUACAGAGGUAAGGUUGCAGCUUCAGUGUUUUCCUGGAAGGCCUGUUGGGUCCGAAAAUAUGACAACAUCCACGACUACAUAUACGUCAGAAACACCAUAUGUUACAACGGAAGUAGCAUCCACCCCGACGCCUACACCAUCCACAACAACGUCCACAACUACUAUAACAUCCGCAACUUUCUCGACAACGGAGUCACCGGAAACAACAAGCCGACCGACAUCAGCAACGACAAGUAGGACAACUACCGUCACGUCAGCCGUACCAUCAACGUCGCCAACAGAGAUAACUGCAGCACCAGUAACAUCUCAGACUACGACGACCACGAUGAUUUCUGAUAGUAGUAGUACAGAAAACAUAACUGUAAUUGAUGACAAGCAUGCAACACUACAGACUUUUCCUGUGUUGGAAGUUACUGCCGGGGUGUCUGCAGGAGCUGUGGUACUGCUGGUGAUCGUCGCCAUCUUACUCUGCAACAGAUGUCAAAAGAAUCAUCGUGGUGAUGAGGAAGACGAACGGAAGCAGCCAAUAGCGGGCUACGCUAACUCGGAAUAUGCAUCCUCAAAUGUGGCAGUGCUGAACCCUUUAUACAGCGAAGGCACAGAGGAAGAGCUUUCUCCAGAACCUGGAUCGAUUCCCGAGGAACAAGAAUAUGACGAAUCCUCAUCUUCUUCAGAGGGUCCGCCCAGCCAAUCUGUUGAUCAGGCAGUUACUGAAGUACACACACAACAGGUGGAACUGACCUAUGCCUUGGUCAAUAAACCAGGCAGUGGCUUUUCUGACUGUUCGAUGGCACCUGACACCAGGAAGAUAGAAGGUUCUGUGUGUGGGCUUUACAGAUUGUGAAUGUUUUGUGAUACAAGUGGAAUUUGGACUCUUCAGUGCGGAUGGGAAAUAUUUCAACAAGCGAUUUGAGACCUUCCGUGAAGACCAUGGUAUAUUUAUGACAUAUAUUUGUCGCACUAAUUCAGAGUAUCAAUAAAAUAGAGGUCCUGUUGUAACUCAUGCUACCAUUGAGAGCAAAUUUAAAUUUAAAACCCUGUGUCCUUGAAUACUAAUAACUAAUAUUUUUAUUUACUUCCUAACGCCUUGUUGAGUGUAUGUUACACAUAUUCAUUGCCUACUUGCCGUCCCUCUAUAGAAACUGAAGCAUGUUCA